AGGUGGCAAGGAAGGCGGGCUCUGUUUCCUGACAUCAAUGCUCAGAUCCAGAUCACAGCGCUGAGAGCCGCCCCAGCUGGCUAGGCCGUCCUGCUUUAGGAUUUCUUCUGGCUGCAGGCUGCGGGAAGCACCUGGGGAGACCCUCCAGCGACAAUGAAGGCAGUGACCUUUGAGGAUGUGGCUGUGAACUUCACCAUGGAGGAGUGGGCUUUGUUGGAUCCAUCCCAGAAAAAGCUCUACAGAGAUGUGAUGUGGGAAAACUUUAGGAAUGUGGCCUCUAUAGGAAGAAAUUGGGAUAACCAGCAAAUUGAAGAUGAGUACAAAAAUUACUGGGAGAAUCUAAGAAAUGCAGAGGUAGUUAACUUAUGGUAUCAACAUGGAAAAAUGGUUUUUGUGACUCCUGAUACAGAUGUGCACAUGAAACUUCCUGGUAUAAAACCAAGUGAAAGCCCUGCAUGUGGAAAGCCUCUGAUUGGUCAUUCAUCACCAACUGUGCCCAUCAUAAAUAACACUAGACUCCAAUCAUAUGAGCUCCAUGGAUUGGAACAGAAGCUGUCUAACUGUGACAGACAUGGGAAAACCUCCACUCACUUUCAGUAUUUGGAGAAACACGCAAAGACAAAUCCUGAAGAAAAACCCACUGGAUAUAAGCAAGAUGUGAGGCCCUUGAGUACACCCAACUAUGUACAAACCCUAAAAAGAAAUCACAGAAGGAUGAAUACCUAUAUAUGUAUACAACGUGGAAAAGGUUUGAAUUCUCACCGUGAUACUCAGAAACAUAAAAGAACUCACAAUGGGACAGAAUCCUAUGCAAAUAAACACUGUUUGAAAUCCUUAAAUAAUGACACUUCACUUACUAAUCCUGAAAGACUUCACACUGGGAGAAAACUCUAUGUAUGUAAGCAAUGUGGGAAAGCUUUCACGGCACAGAAUAAUUAUAAAAUACAUGAAAGGACUCACACUGGGGAGAAACCUUAUGUAUGUAAGCAGUGUGGGAAGGCUUUCAGGGCACAGAAUUAUUGUAAAAUGCAUGAAAGGACCCACACUGGGGAGAAACCCUAUGUAUGUAAGCAAUGUGGGAAAGCUUUUAGUGCACGCAAUAAUUGUCAAAAACAUGAAAGGACUCACACUGGGGAGAAACCCUAUGUAUGUAAGCAAUGUGGGAAAGCUUUUACCACACGCGAUAAUUGUCAAAAUCACGAAAGGACUCACACUGUGGAGAAACUCUAUGCAUGCAAGCAAUGUGGCAAAACUUUCAGCACGCACAGGAAUUGUCAAAGGCAUGGAAGGUAUCACACAGUGUAGAAACCCUAUGUGUGUAAGCAACAUGGAAAAGCCUUUCAGUUACUCCAGUACUCAACAUAGACAUUAAAAAAUUUGAGAGGAAAUUAACUUUGAAUAUAUAACGUGGCUUUACUGACAUGGAAAUACAGUGCAGAGAAGCCCUUUCUUUGUAUGUAAUAUAAAAAAUCAUUCAGUAUACAUGUAUUAUUACAUACCUGAAAGAAUUCAUAGAACAGAGAAUCUGAACUAUGUGGGAAAUGUUUUAUUUUUCUCAGUGCACUCAACUUCAGGAAAGAAUUCCCACAUGAAAGGGAAGCCAUAUGUGUGUGCAGUAAAUGUGGGAAACUUCCGUUUUUCUAGGUAGCUUGAAAAACAUAAAAGAACUCCCAUUGAAAUGAAAGCCUAUGUAAAUAAUAUGUGAAAUUUUUAUGUCUCGCAUAGCAUGAGAAAACAUGCACAAAUUCAAAAUUACAUUUAGUGUAAAUACCAAAUAUAAGAAUCAGAGUGACAGAUAUGUUAGGAAUGAGAUACACUGUUUCAAACCACUGGAGCAGAGACCGUCUCCCUCCAGUAUAUCUAUAGACUGAAUCGCCGACGUGGUUGGAAAAUGCAUAAUAAUGUUAAUUCAGAAUAACCAGUCAUCUUGCAUCUAAGUUUUUAAUACAUGGCCUUUAAGGGACAUUUUACCUGCAAACCAUCACCUUAUUUGUAUGGGUAAAGUGAAGUUCGUAUAAUCAGAUUUUAUUGAGUCUUAAAACACUUCAUUUGUGACAAUGUAGAUUAACCAAGAGGUCAUUAUGUGAAAUAUGCCACACAUAGACAAAUUAAAACCUGAUUUUUUUGUUUUGUUUUUGAGAUAGAGUUUUGCUCUGUAGUUCAGGCUGACCAUGAACUCACUGUAUAGCCCAGGCUGGCCCAGAACUUGUGCCAAACCUCCUGGCUCAGCUUCCUGAGUGUUGGGAUUAUAGACAUGUGCCACCAUGUCUGGCUUCAUAUUUGUUAUUAACAUCUUAAAUUGACAGUUUUGCGAAGCAGAGAAUUUAGUGAUGGUUCUAACGUGUGUGGGUGGGGAAGCUGAGAGAUGUUAAUGAGAAAGCACAAUUUCUUUGUAAGAGUACAAAAUGGUGUAGAUUCCUUGGUGACUACAGUAAUUAAUACAGUGCUACAUAGGAAAACAGUUUGCUAAAAGUUGCUUUUAGUGUUUUCUCCAUAUAACCAAAAGGUAAUUAUGUUAGAUGAUGCAAAUGCUACCAAGGAAAAAUGUAAUUUCACAAUAUAAAAAGCACCAAAUUGUGCUCUAUACUCUCAGUACAUGAUUUUGUUAUUUUUUCUGUUUAAUGAAUGCAAAUUUAGCAAAAUUAACAUCACUGUGGUUUCGUGAUAAAUGCCCAGAAUCUCUCCUUCAAUUUUUACAAAUGUAAUUUAAUUGGUACUAUAUUUAUUUCUUAAAAUAUUCAGUAUUACUUGGUCCAAAGGUUGUAGGAUAUUGUUAAACUAGAAGUAUUCAGUAUUUAUUGAAAUAUAUACUUGUUUCUUUGGAAAUGUAAAAUGUUUGAUAUAAUUUGGAAUCAAUUGACAUUGUCACAAGCUCAUUUCAUCCCAUUUUGACAAAGUUGUUAUAUAUGUUUUCAGAAAAUUUCUCCAUUUUAAAAGCA